GUUGGCAUGAGAUUGGAAUAUAUGACUUACCGGCAAUGAUAGAUUUCAUUCUCUCACAAACGAAAAAGAAAAAAUUGCAUUAUGUAGGACAUUCUCAAGGAGGUUCUGCCCUUUAUGUAAUGACCUCAAUGAAACCAGAGUAUCAGAAGAAACUUGGCUUAGUUUCUCUGCUAGCACCAGCUGGUUAUAUGAGGCAUUUCAGGAGCACAAUACUUUGGCCUAUGGUUCUCUUCGAGAACGAAAUAAAGAAUUUCGCCAAAUUAACAAACAUAUGUGAACUACCACCACCUCCAAUCAGUCUUCCUGAUCUGAUUCUGAACACUUGCAAACAUACCACAUUUCGACUACGACAUAUUUGCGAAAUUGUGUACCAUGUUGGAAUAGGUGGCGAUUCAGGACUUUUCAGGAAAUGCUACCACUUCUUGUGAGAUUUAUACCUACAGUUUCAACGAAGCAACCCUUACAUUUUUCCCAAAGUAUAAAUUCAGGU